UGCUACCUAGUGGAUCUCCUGGGAGCCACUCUCUCACGUCCUACACAGCGGUCCAGAGCCAUCAGUCCAGAGACGCAAAUACUUGCUGCCUUGGGUUUCUAUACCUCUGGCUCCUUCCAGACUCGCAUGGGGGAUGCUAUCGGCAUUAGCCAAGCCUCGAUGAGCCGCUGUGUUGCCAACGUAACCGAGGCACUGGUGGAAAGAGCCUCACAGUUCAUUCACUUUCCUAAAGAUGAAGCUACUGUUCAGACCCUGAAGGAGGACUUUUAUGGGCUGGCAGGAAUGCCGGGAGUGCUGGGGGUGGUGGACUGCACCCACGUGGCAAUCAAAGCACCAAACGCCGAGGACCUGUCCUAUGUGAACCGAAAGGGUCUCCAUUCCCUGAACUGCCUCAUGGUGUGUGAUUCCAGAGGAGUCCUCCUUAGUGCUGAAACGCACUGGCCAGGGAGCCUGCCGGACUGCGCGGUGUUGGAGCAGGCAGCCCUCACAAGCCAGUUUGAAACUGAGCUACAUAAAGAUGGCUGGCUACUUGGUGACAGCUCCUUCUUGCUCCGGACGUGGUUGAUGACCCCUCUGCACAUCCCCGAGACGCCUGCAGAGUACCGCUACAACAUGGCCCAUUCCGCCACUCACAACGUCAUUGAGCGCACCUUCAGAACCAUCCGGUCGCGGUUUCGCUGCCUCGAUGGCUCCAAAGGCACCCUGCAGUAUUCUCCAGAGAAGUCCAGCCACAUCAUUCUGGCCUGCUGUGUGCUUCAUAACAUCUCCCUGCAACAUGGACUGGAUGUGUGGUCUGCACCAGCCACAGGGCACAUGGAACAAUCGGAAGAAGAAUAUGAGCAAAUGGAAUCGGUGGACUCAGAAGCCUGUCGUGUCCGUCAGGAACUUUUACUUACUCAUUUUAGCUAAUGUUGUGACAGAUAGAAGGCUUCUAACAGUUCAUGUGAAAAGUUAUCUGGAGCAAAAAUGCCCCUUCCUCUUCUUUUAGCCUGUAGAGACUUAAGGAGAUGUGAGAUGAGAAGGAAUUUAUUCUCUUCAUUUCAGGCAAAUUUCUGAACUUCUCUCAAUCUCUCCAGAGAUUCAAUUUAAUUGGUACAUUGUUGUUGUCAUGAUGCUUAGAGACACCCCUUUCACUUGACUUAGAGAACAAUGACUAAUGUGACAACAGUGGGAAGAUUAGGGGAAUUGUCUUCUAUAGUGAUGGAAAAUCUGUCAACCUUAUGCUGUUUUACAAAGCAACGAUUCUUUUCCACUGUGUAAUUCAAAACACGAUUGAUUUUUUUAAACAGUGUUUUGCACAAAUUAAAUUUCCACAUGAGCUCCUUUCUAC